CUGGCUUAGCAUUAGCAACACAUAGCUUGGCGAAGGCGCAACAAGCAGCCUGGACGCCGAAAUAAGUAGUAUAUCUUGAUUUUUUCCUUUGGAAUUAGCGAAAAUUGUUUAUGGGUUUAUAUCCCUGGACUAACAGUAGAACGCGACGUAGCCUAAAAGAUAUGGUGAUGGCGUGGUCAUGUGUGCAGCCAGCACUGUGUGUGUGGAAAUGGUUUUAACAGACGCUUUUCUGGAGGACUCAGGAACACUGCACUGGCCUGGAGAAGCCUCAUAAACAAACACACACGUACACAACACACACACACACACACACACACACUUGUACACCAAGAAGAUUUCCACAUAGGCACGCCACCACCGUGCCUUGAGAGAGGACACAGGUGCACAGACACAUAACGCAAGCUUCUGCUGAGGCACGCGCAGAUUUACAUCGUCUGUGUGUGUUUUGCCUCUUUUACUUAAACAUUAUUGGUGUCCCAGCUCCUCUCCUGUGUGAGAGUGUAUCUUGUAUUUCUUCCUGCCUGUCCCAUCUCCACCGCCACCAUGCCAAGCUCCACCAUCCGCCGGCAGAUGAAGAACAUGGUGAACAACUACUCUGAUGCAGAGAAGAAAGUCAGAGAGGCCACUUCCAACGAUCCCUGGGGCCCAUCGUCUUCCCUCAUGUCUGAGAUCGCUGACCUUACUUACAACGUGGUGGCCUUCAGCGAAAUCAUGAGCAUGAUCUGGAAACGGCUCAAUGACCACGGCAAGAACUGGCGCCACGUCUACAAGGCGCUCACCCUGCUCGACUACCUGAUCAAGACGGGCUCAGAGCGAGUUGCACUGCAAUGCAAAGAGAACAUCUUCACCAUCCAGACUCUGAAGGACUUCCAGUACAUAGACAGAGACGGUAAAGACCAGGGCAUCAACGUCAGGGAGAAGAGCAAGCAGCUAGUGGUCCUGCUCAAAGAUGAAGACCGCCUCAAAGGAGAGAGGUCUCAAGCUUUGAAGACCAAGGAGCGAAUGGCCCAGGUGUCCACAGGGAGCAGUCAGAUGGGUUUUGGCAGAGGCUCGUCUCAGCCCAACCUCUCCACUUCCUACAGCGAAGAGUAUGGCAGGUCAGAGGGCUCACCUGCCUCCUACCAUGGCUCCACAUCUCCUAAUGCGGGUUCAGAACUGGAACAGGCCAGACCUCAGACCAGCGGAGAGGAGGAGCUACAGCUGCAACUGGCUCUGGCCAUGAGCAGAGAGGCUGCAGAGCAGGAGGAGCGCAUACGCAGAGGGGAUGACUUGAGACUACAGAUGGCCUUGGAGGAGAGUAAGAAAGAAGGUCCAGACUCAGUAAAACUGCCCAAGAAGAAGAAAGAGCCACAGUCGUCUCUGAUGGAUCUGAUGAAUGUCCCAGAGCCCGGUGCCAGUGCUGACCCCUGGGCUGCAGGGGCUGGGGCAGCCGCUGCAUCAGAAGACCCCUGGCAACCUUAUGGGUCUGCCCCUAAGCCAGCAGUCCCAGUGGACCCAUGGGGCGCUCCUCCUUCAGUCCCACCCAUGAAGAGCAGUGACCCCUGGGCAUCAAACUCCACUCCUGCCGCUGACCCAUGGAGCUCUGCAUCUGCCCGCCCCAAAACUUCCAACGCAGGUAGCUUUGACCUUUUCAGUGCAUCCAACGGUACGUCCAAAGAGGACUUCUCAGAGUUUGACAGCCUGCGCUCUUCCUCCUCUGUCCCCACUGGUGAUGGCGGCGUAGCAUCGUCCAUCCCAUCCCAAGCCAGCCUCGCAAGCAGUGGCAGCCUGGACCUCUUCGACCCCCUGCCCACCUCCCUAUCUACUUCCACAAACCCAACUCGAAAGACUCCAGAGUCCUUCCUGGGUCCCAAUGCUGCCCUGGUCAAUCUGGACUCUCUGGUGACCAAACCAGCCCAGCCUACGCCAGUCAUCAACCCAUUUUUAGCUUCAACAGGUGGCUCUGCUCCAGCAGCCCACGCCAACCCCUUCCAAGUGAGCCAGCCAGCGCCCCCCACUCUCAACCAGAUGCGGAUCAGCCCCAUGCCCGCCGGCUUCGGCGCCAUACCCGAGCCCGCGUCCAUGUCCUCCAUGCCCGCUCAGCCCAUCACCAUGGUCCCCCUGGCAGGGAUGGCCCCCAUGGGCCGCGUGAUGCCCGGAAUGGGGGUUGGCACUGUCGGAGGUGUGGGGGCGAACGCAGGGAUGAGCGCCGGGAUCCCGGCCUCCAUGUCCAUGCCCCAGCCCCUGAUGAGCAUGCCACCCCAGGCCGGGACACAGCCCGCCGGAACCACCAACCCCUUCCUUUUGUGAGGUGGGGGGGGGUGACUUGCACCAGAGUAGCCCCCCACUUCUCUCUCUUUUGCUCUCUUCCACAUUGGCUCAUUAAGAAGCUUCAAAAUGAACAAGGAGAUGUCUUGUCCCAUUUAUCCCUUUAUAACCAACUCCAGGCCAGGUCGUAGUCCUAGCCUGGCCUCCUCCUACCUUAACACAGUCCUUUACUCCCUCCCCCUCUGUCCGUUUUUUCAGUGCUACAAGCUGCCUAGUCCUGUGUGUUCCAUACUGAUCUGACGAUGAUGUUGAUGACCACAACGAGUUUGCAUCUUUCUACAGACUCACAGAGUAGCAGCGGUGUUUACAGUUUUUCCACAGAGGCAGGACAGGACCCCGUCUCUCCUCCCUGUCCUCCUCUCAUUCACUCGCCUCCUCUCCCUUACUUCUUCCCUUUGGAUUGCUCCUUUCUUCUUCUGUGGUGGAGUGACAGGAGAGUCUGACUGUACUAACGCCAGGAUCUUUAUCUCUUCACUAGAGCUAAUCUUUUAUAAGCCCUGUCAGCUGGUGUGAGUGUGUGAGCAUGAGUACACAUCUCAGUACUUUUACACUGUGUAUAUUCCAGUGGGUUUUAUUUACACACACUGGGGUACGGAUGAGAGAUGGACAGAUGUGUUUAUACUCGUGUGUGUGUAUGUGUGUGUUACUAAGCAGGGAUUUUGCACAAUUUUUUUUCUCUAUUUUUUUUUUCUUUCCACGACUGUUGGGCUCACCGUUACACCUUAGCUAAGGGAGGGAGGCUAGCCGCUAAACGAGACACACUGCCGUGGCUCUCGGUACCACUCGGUCACAACUCUCGUCUGGUCAGUUCCUGUCAGCUUGGACCUUUUCCUGGCCCUCCACAUGAACUUUGACUACCAGGGGUCACGGGAUAAACACUGAACAUUUAUCAAGGGAGAUGAACCCCUUGGCCCAGGGGUUCAAAGGAUGCUCAAACGCUAUUUUUUUGUGUGUGUGCUCACGCGCAGGUGUAUCAUUAAUGCUCGGAUACUAACAGCCACAUUUCGAUGUAUUUGUCUCCCCCCCAGUGUGUGUUUAGAGAAAAAGACAUGAACUUUGAUGGCAUCAGUGUUUUGCUAUCUGAACAUAUGGAUGCAGUGAGGGCAUCGUGGGACAGUUGCCCCCCCCCUUUUCUUUUUAGUUUGUUUCUAGGGUCAAAGGGAAGAGGGGUGGGAUGUGUGUAUGAAUGUGUGCGUGCAGUUUGCAUGAGAGAUACGUUUAGUUUCCAAGUAUACUUUAAUGAGCAAGUUCCAUUUCUCAGUUAAGUGGAAGCGACUUAGAAAUUGCUUAAGUUGGUUUCUGAAGCGCAAGUAGACAUCUGCAGCCUUAAGCGUGUGUGUGUGUGUGUGUACAUGCAUGCACAUGCAUGCACAUGUGCAUGCAUGUGCUGUGUGUGCAGCCAUAUAUCAAGUGCUACGAUGGUGUCAGGGUUGCAAAAAAAGCUCUGGGUUUAAAGAGCAUGUCAGCCACUCAGCAUUGUGAAGAGACUUUACCUCAGAGUGGAUUUACUGUGGCUAAUCUAUCUGCAAGAACAUUACCGAGUGGAUACACACUCACACACAGUCACACACACACACAGGGGUUGUUCCAGGUUCGGCCGAUUGAUAGCACAGGGAUUCCCGCAGCAAACAACAGUGAGACAAGUCGUGUAAACAAGCCGUUGUUAAUUUUGUUGGUUGUUUUUGUUGUUAUUUACUCCUUUAGAUGUAAAUCCAUAGCCAAGCCUUUCAGAGUUUUGGAGCUGUGUACUAGCAUGUUAUCAUCUUCAUUCUCUCUUUUGUCUAUUUUCUAUCAUUCUAGUUUUUUCACCCUAUGGGUAGGCUAUGUAAUUCUCUUCUCUUAGAAGCACAACUGUUACCAAAGUCAUAGCGACUGUGAUUUCUGAGGAUGUCGUACUUUGAGUAGUUUGAACAGUAGGGUCACACUUCACUGACAUUUUUUUUUUCUGUUGAUGGAUGUUCAUGAUAUCAGAGACUCAAUUGUUAUGAUUUUGUUUUGUAUUUCAGAGCUCAGUGUUCAGGAGUUUGUGUAAGAAAGUGUUACUGUUGGGUCGAUAUCAGCACAUUUACUGACAGCAAGCUGAGCAUCUGUGUCCCUUCUAUUGGUUGAGAAAAUGGGUUGAUGAAAUACAGCAGACGGUGUAUAGACCCUUCUUCUCUUUAGGUCACUGUAAUCCCUUCUCUUCAGUUCUGUUGAUAUCACUGCCAAUGUUUUUACUGUGGAGGGGUGUUUUUAUUAUUUUUCUUUUGGUGUGAGUUGGCGCCCACUCCUGGUCUGCUGUGGUAUGAUAGCUACACCGCAGGACCCUCGAUAUUUCCACUAAACGCAGACCUUCAUUUCUCUCAGGCAAAAAGGAGGGGCAGCUCCAACCGUGUGUAUGAUUUUAUGAUGAUGAUGAUGAUGAUGAGGGUGGUGAUGAUGAUUUUUAUGCUUGGGGUCCUGAAUGAAUGGAUGCAACACUGACUUGCAGAGACCAGCAAACAUUUUUAAUCUCAACUAAAUAUAUAUGCAAAAAUUGGAGUUGGAAAAAGUAAAAAAGAUAAGAAGACUUAACGCGUGAUGUGUUUUGCAAAGUUAGAUUUGCUCAUAAAGUCUUGUUUAUUGAAAUGCUACUAUGAUAUUCUAGCUGAGACGUGUCACUUUCUCACUGGCCUUAAUUUCACUGCGGCCUGACCUUUAAAUUCACUCCAGUGAUUGUGGAAAAGGUUCUUUCAUUGAUACAUUGGGAAAAGAAAAAAAACAACAUAAAAAACCUUGACUGUCUUGAACAAAUUCAGCACUCCCAAACAGUCAGACGACACUGCAGUUGAACACUUUUUCUUGAUCCCUGGCAGCAGUUUCACAGUCGUGGCUAUGGUGCAGUGAAAAUGUGGCCUGUGUGUAGCGAGCUCCUCUGCGUGUUACUAUGUAUUCACUAUGCUUUUAUCAAGAGGACUAACUGACCUUAUGGACUGUCUUUAUAUGCAUAAACAGCCUCCUUUAAUCUUUCCCGUGUCUGUCUAUUUACCCUUCUCAUAGUACUGGGAGCAGGCUGCUUUUUUUAUUGGAUACGUGCUCAACCUGUUGGCAUUAUAACUGUAUAAUAUAAUUUAUCAUUUGUACUAUUGUAACAUACUGUUCCUCUGUAUACCUUAUUAUUCUGUGUAAUGGGUUUUUGUAGGAAAAAUCACCGUGGUAUUUUAACGGCAUCUAAACAAACGAACGCAGCAGGCCGCACCCUGUUGGAUGAGGACAACUGUAGCUGCAUUGGUUCAAAAUAAAAUGUGUAUCACUUCAGCUCUGUAA